UAAAGAGCCCAUUACGAGUUACUUAUCAUCAACCCCUCUCUCCACUCUCCUCCCCAAAAAUGGCGACCAACGCCGCUACCAAAAUGCUAACAGCGACAGCAGCCAGCCUCACCCACCGCCGCCCCCUCACGUGCUCGGCCGCCCGCCUCGUGCCUCAGCCACCCGACCUCAUGCGAUGGGUCAGGAGAGAGGGCGGGUUCGUCCACCCGAGCCUCAAAAUCGCCGACCACACCUCUCACGGACUCGGCCUGCUCUCAACCGAACCCAUCGCUGACGGGUCGGAUCUCAUUGCGCUGCCCGAUCACCUCCCUCUUCGCUUCGAUCCGCAGGAUGAACCCGAAUCCGCUUUGGGUCGCCUCGCCGCUCGGGUCCCAGUGGAACUCUGGGCUAUGAGAUUGGGAUUGCGGCUGCUUCAUGAAAGAUCAAAAGUUGGUUCAUCUUGGUGGUCCUAUAUUAGCAAUCUGCCAGAGACAUUCAGCGUACCAAUAUUCUUUUCUGGGGAGGAUAUAAAGAACCUUCAGUAUGCUCCUCUGAUCCAUCAGGUAAAUAAAAGAUGCCGCUUCCUUCUAGAGUUUGAGAAAGAAAUCAAGAGUUUGCUUGAGGGUAUAGCAUCAAAAGAUCAUCCUUUUGAAGGGAAAGAUGUUGAUGCAUCUUCCCUUGGCUGGGCCAUGUCAGCAGUCUCUUCUCGAGCCUUCCGUUUGCAUGGUGACGACAGUGAUGUCCCUAUGAUGCUUCCACUAAUUGACAUGUGCAAUCACAGCUUUGAUCCAAAUGCUCGUAUUGUACAGGAAAUAGAUACUGGCAGCUCAAAGAUGUUAGUGAGGGUUGUAGCAGAAAAACAAAUUGAGCAAGAUACUCCAAUAACGCUGAAUUAUGGCUGUUUAAGCAAUGAUCUUUUCCUUUUGGAUUAUGGGUUUGUGAUUCCUGAAAACCCAUUUGACCAUGUCGAAUUGAGGUAUGAUGGAGCUCUUCUGGAUGCUGCUAGUAUGGCAGCCGGGGUUUCUUCUCCCAGCAUCUCAUCUCCAGAAAAAUGGCAGCAGGAAAUUCUAUCUCAGCUGAAUUUAAUUGGAGAUGGCGCUGUUCUUAAGGUAACUUUGGGAGGUUCUGAUUUGGUGGACGGCCGCUUAUUGGCUGCAUUGAGACUCCUCCUCUGUAACGACGAAGACACAGUUCUAAAUUCAGAUAUAGAUGCUUUGAAGUCUCUAUCAGCUGAAGCACCUCUUGGAGUCCCCACUGAAACUGCUGCGCUUCGAACCGUCGUUGCACUUUGUGUCGUUUCUCUCGAAUACUUCCCCACAAAAAUAAUGCAGGAUGAGUCGAUUUUGAAAGGAGAUGCAUCUGGCUCGACCAAGUUGGCUGUUCAAUUUAGAAUGCAGAAGAAGCUGAUGAUUAUUGACGUCAUGAGGAAGCUUACUCAGAGGAUCAGGACGUUAUCCAAGGAGAAAUCUGCUGCCUAGAGCUAAUUUUUUUUUAAUUACAUUGGAUGUGUAAUCUUUCUUUCGUUAUUUAUGGUCACUGGGAUAUGAAUAUGCCGAUGUUGAGUAAAUUAUUUCUUUCAUCUGUAGUAUGAAUUCAAUUGUAUGGUGAAAAUUAGUUUUAAGCA